AUGAUACAUACACAUACUAAAAAUAAGAUUGACAAUUAACCUCAAGUGUCCACAGAGAAGGUUCAUACAAAAUCAUCUGAUUCUUUAAGGGUAUAACAUAACACAUUAUUUUAAGAAAAUGCCAUUCUUUUAAUAAAAUAAUAAAGAAUCCCCUGUUAUUAUUGAUAAUAAAUACUUGCUAUUAAAUGUAAUCUAUUAAGGCAAAAGUUCUACAAUCUUUGAAGGUAUUUUUCAAAUAAAAAAGCCAUCAAUCUGAAUAAAUAAUCAGCUUGUGUUAUUAGAAUGACUAUUCUCUCCAAACCUGAUAAUAGUACUAAAAUACUUGAAUAUUUUAACAAUUUACAUUAGUUUUAAACUAAAACUUAAGAUGAUGGAAAGCAUAUUAAUAAAAUAAUCACAAAUUUCUAAGAUUGUCUUCUCAAGUUACAUGAUCAUGGGAUAUUUAUAAAUUAAUAUAGAUAUUAGGUUCUAAAUAAAACUGGACCUAGUAUCAAGUUUUGGUUUAGUUUUUUUAAAUGUCAUUUUACUUAUGAAUGCAUUAUUUUGAUAAUUUUGAAAAGCGUAUUAAUUUAAUAAUUUUUAGAUAGAUGCAUUAUAAUUAAUACAUUCUGCAAAUUUUUUACAUUAAAACCUUAAUUUGGCAAGCUUAUUAACAUGUUUAGAUAACUAAAAAAAUUUGCUUCUCACUAAUUUUUAGUAAUCAAGCUAAUAUAAAACUAAUUAAAAAAUAUCCUAAAAUUCAUAUAAACUCUGUAAAUAUUCAAGUAUAGGAUAACAUCUUGGGUUAUGUAAUUGUUUAUUAUAUAAGAAGAAUUACAUCCAAAAGAUGAUCUCGAGUGUCUUCUCUAUAUGAUGAUUGAAUUAUUAACAAAAGGUGAAUUCUUUAAUGAAUCAAAAUCAUUUAGAAAUAAAGUAGAUAAAUUAAAAUAUUAUUUUGAUCUUAAAAAUUCUUUUUUACCAGAAAAAAUUUUGAAAAAUUAUCCAAUAUGUUUUUUAGAAUUUGCUAAUAGAAUAAAAUUUUUAAGUAAAUUAUGUUUAAAAUUAGAUCCAAAUGAAGUUCCAAUAAAUUAUGAAUAUUUGAAAGGUGUAUUUAAAGGAUAUAAACAUAUUGAAUAUGAUUGGGUAUUUAACAAAACUAAUUUUAGACAUCAAUAAUUGUUGGAGUGAAAAAUUAAUCAUAAUAUUAAUCUCAGUCUUUAUAAUAAUUUGAAGAUAAUUUUAAGAUUACAUCUUUAGUUACAAUUCCAGAAUCUGAACAAGAAUAAAUUCCUGAUGUUCAGAAACAAUUAGUCAAAACUUUAUAAUCUAUUGGUGAUUCUAGUGAUACUCAUCCUGAUACAUAAGAAUCUGAUGGAGAAUUAUCAUCAACAGAUGAAAUAACUGAAAUUAAAUAAAUAUACUUUUUUUAUUGA